AUGUCUCUAAGGUCAUACGUUCAUAUUUCCAUUCCCUUUGCUUCCUCUAUGAAAAUACAUCGAGUAAAAGUUGUUAUGGCAAUGAAGGUCGAAAUUCAAUCAAGAAAAUUGAUAAAACCAUCUGUUUCAACUCCCUCUGCUCUUCGUCAAUAUAAACUAAGCAUCAUCGAUGAACUUUCCCCCGAGAUGAACAUACCUCUUGUUCUUUUUUUCCCUCCUAAUCUUCAUACUAGCCAAGAACCCAUUGCCCAACUCAAGGAAUCGUUAAAGGAAGCCCUGACACCUUUUUACCCUUUUGCAGGUAGCUAUAUGGAGAACAUUUCCACAAUUGACUGUAAUGAUCAAGGUGUCGAGUUUAUUCAAGCGCGAGCUGAUAUAACAAUCAAAGAGAUUCUUGAUCACAAAUUGGAUCCCCAUACAGUCAACCAAUUGAGCCCCUCCAAAUUACUGGGCUCAAAUGUUACUAAUGCGAUGCUUGCUACUCAGGUCACCAUGUUCCAGUGUGGAGGUUUAGCACUCAGUGUAAGUAUUGCACAUAGGAUUGGUGACGCCUCUGCUAUGAACUCAUUCCUUACUCAAUGGGCUACCCUGAGUCGAAAAAACAUCAAGGUUGAAUCCUGUGGCACUGAUUUCACAUCAUCCUUAUUGUUUCCGGCUCAAGGUUUACCUUCCAUUGAGGUAGGCUUUGCCAAGUUACCAAUCAAUGAUGAAUAUGUCACAAAGAGAUUGUCAUUCAAUGCUAAUGGAAUAUCAAACAUGAAAGCCAAGGUUAUGCGUAAUGGAGAUAGCAACACACGUCAGUUGUUUAAGGUACAGUUGGUGUCGGCACUCAUAUGGAAAACUUUCAGUGAUGUAGAUUAUGCAAUUCAUGGUCAUCCAAGAGAUUCCAUCUUACUUCAAUCGUUAGCACUUAGGCAAAAGGGGGAAAAACUUGCAUCCAUGAAAGCUAAAAUUUCAUUAGGGAAUCAUUGGGGGCCAAUAAUCACUAGGUGUGACGCUACCAAAACGGUCAAGGAGCCUGAAGAGUGA